GCUACCUUAGCAGUGUCCCUCUUACUCAGUUUUGUAAAAAUGACGGUGCCUGAGAUUGUUGCGCACCCAGUUGAGGUGAUUCAGAAACUUUACAGGCAGGCAGGUUGUCCCACGGCAGCAGAUGGCGACUGGGAAGUGGUAAAGCAGUUCGAGCAGGCAAUCGCGGGAUUGGGAGCAGGGGAGAUCCCGCUGUUGCACAAGCAAGCCGCGGAGCAGCUGCCGCAUCACAGCCUAGUGCGUUUUUAUGGCAUGGUGCAGGACUUGCUAAACCCGGAGUACUACGUGGGUGCGUUCCAGCGACCUGACGGGCAAUGGGUCACGACGAAGUUCUGCGAUCCCGAUAUGCCGGAGCACUCAGAGGACAGCAGCACUGGGUUCCCUGUCGUUUGGGAGCGCCGCCCCAUCGUCUGCGUGCCGGUUCCAGGGCUCAGCAACUGGGCCGUGCCGGCAGCAGCGCAAUCUGCCUCAACCGCUGCUGCGGUUGCGGCGGCGUCCCUUACAGAAGCAGAAAAGGACCGCACCACGUCCUGCGCUGGAGGCCCUGCUGAGGAGGCUCAGCCUCAGGGCCAGACUCAAGAGCAGUCACAGCUCCAGCAACAGCAGCAGCCGGGUCGUGCCAAGCGCGAGCGCUCUUCCGACGCAGACGCCGCAAUGGACGCAGACUCCAUCCGUGGCACCAACCCUACCUCACUCUCCCCACGCGGCGCCUUGGCUCAGCAGCAGCCACCGCAGGGUGAGCACGAUGACAACACCCUAGACACGGACUUGGCAGGUGACCAGGGCCUGCCCGGCCCGGCCUCUGCACCUGUCAGGACAGCGCCUGAAGCGGCGGACAUGGAGGAGGAUGAAGGCACCGCAAGGCCGCGCGUUCGCCGGCGUGAGGAUCCCUCUGCGGCUGCUGCCACUGUUGGCACCGCUGCGGCAGGCGGGUCGGACGGGGGCAGCAGCGACGAUGUGGGGCGCGCUGCGAGGGAUGACGGCGCAUGCGGGGCUGGCUGUCGGGAGGGUCGCUGCCCUCACACCCGAAGUGCCGCUGGAGCGGCUGGAGAGGGCGCUGCGGCGCCGGGUGCGCAGGCACAGGAGGGGCAGCAGGAGCUUGUGGGCGAGGUGCCUGGCAGCUGCAUGGUGUAUUUGUACGACAACGCUCCAGCACUGGUCCUGCAUGAGGUGGUUGAGGUCAUCGGCAUCCUGUCGCACAUGCCGCAACUCGCCGCGCUGGAGUAUGACAACCAGGAUGACCCCUUCCUGGCACAUGAGCUGGCUUCGCUGGGCCUGGACAAUAGCAGCAACGCCAACCAGCAUCCUGACAGCGCUGGCAACGCAUCGGCUGACGCCUCAGGCAACCAUGCAGCGGGGGGUGUUUCUGGGCGGCACCAGGAGGGCGAGCGCCUGGCUUUUGAGGCCAUGCGGGCAGCGCACCCGCCCACCAGCAAGGUCAUGCGCCUUCACGGCAUCAUUGUGCGUCGCUCUCCCUCCCUGGUUCCCACCACACCGGCCCCAGCCGACGCUGCCCCGGCAGCCGGACAAGACAUCACCCUAGCACCUGCGGAAGCCGCAGCCACCGCCACGACCGGCCUCUACCCUUCUCCCAGCCCCGCGCCGGGUCCCCAGCAGCUCCGCGAGCGGGCUCUGGGGCUGCUGCGGUGGGCGCUAGGCGGCGACGCCGUGGCUGCCGAGUACGUGUUGCUGCAGCUGGUGGCGCGGGUUGCCGGCAGGGGGGACCCCGCGGCGCUGGGGCAGCUGGCACUCAACCUGUGCAGGUGUCCAGCUGCAGCUGCUGCCACGGAGGCACCCAGCGCCGCAGCAGGCAGCACCCCCGGUCCGUGUGGCCCCGUGCUGGCGGCUGAGCGACUGGGUCCCCGCGGCCCCGGCCCGCUGGCUCGUGCGCUGCAUGCGGCCGUCAGCUCCCUGGUGCCCCUGAGCGCCGCUCUGCCGCUCACAGUGGAGGCGUGCAACGGGGUCUCCUGGGCUCCCGCUCGCGACCUGUCCCGGGAGCGCACCGCCCCCUCCCCGCUGCAGCUGCCCCCCGGCACCCUGCUGCUGCUGGACGAGACCGUGAUGGCGCCCGGGCAGCUCAGCAGCCGGGGAGUGGCCAGCAUGCAGGCGCUUAUGGCGGUAGCUCGGCAGCAGGAGCUCAUGUACGACUUUGAGACGUACCAGCACCCCGUACCCGUGGACCUGCCGCUGAUCGUCAUGACGCAGGGAAGGUCGCUGCUGCGUGACUCCCUGCGCAUCCGGGUACCGCUCAAUGCCACUCAACCCUUCCCUUCAGCUGAAGCCAUUCUGGCAGCUGUGACACCUAACAGUGCUACCGCGCCCGCGGCAGGCGGCGACAACGGUGACGUUGCCAUGACGUCUACCGAUGCAGCCUCCUCUUCCGCUCCUUCCGCCGCCGCUGCAGCUCACUCCGCUGUGGCUGCUGCCGAGCUUCCGGCGGUGCGGAGCUUCCUUGCGGCUGCCCGGGCCGGACACGAUGGUUACGAGCUAGCUGAGGGCAUGUCUUCGGUGCUGGAACAGUACUUUGUGAAUGCACGCAGAAGUGCUGCGGGCGCCGCCGCCGCGGGCGGUGAUGGCGCACCAGCAGGCGGCAAUGGCGCUGCUGCUGCUGCUGCCGGUGGUGGUGAUGUGAUGUCGGCGGAGGAGUUCCAUCUCAAGCUGACGUUGGCCCGGCUGCUGGUGCUGAGCCACGGCGAGAAGCAGCUCACGCAGCAGCGCUGGCAGCAGCUGCUGCAACUGGAGCACACGCGGGAGGCGCGCCUGCGGGUGGGUGCGUAAUGCCGUAAAAGUGCAGGAGGGGACAAUAGCGUUGCGGGCGAGACGAGAUGCCUAAUGCUUCAGGGCGUUGCUCGUUGUACGCUGUGGGUCAUCCUAUCAGCAUCGUGAGUGGCGACGGUGUGCUGUUUGUCGAUUUGUCGAUGUGCAGGAGGCUAGUUAGCGCGAGUCUUGCAGUGGAUUCAAGGUUGGUUUUAUGUUAACUGUUAAGGGUUGUAAUCCAUGUGGAAAUGGGCAAAUUUUGGUUAGCAGCAGGAGGAGGGGGCGCAGGCGCUGUAGAUGCGGUGUGGUGCCGCGGUAACAAAAUAUAGAGUUGACAUUAAAAGGCUGAGUAGAGCAAAGAUGUUUCGAGAGGGGGAAUCUGGUGCAAAGAGGUGCGGGUUUAGGAUAAGGAAUCGUGCGGUUUGCAUUGUGUUUGGCAGCUAUUUGCUUCAUGACAUGUGUCACGAACGCUUGAUGCGCUCAGUUGCAACAUGGAGGACUUUCGUCGGCGUCCCGCCAAACUUUGGCUUUUCGUGGUCAUGGUUCCAUGUGGUCGCGGAGCCGAAGUUGCUGAUCAUCCGAUGUGAAGUUGCCAUUUCAUGCAGUUUAGCAAAGGUUAAUCGAACAGUGAAGUUGAAGGAUGAGGGUCGCAGUUCAGACGUCUUGUUCUUCGCUUUGUAGCCAUGGUCGACGGCAGACGUUGCUUGCACCUCGGCACUUGCACCGCGCUCUUCCUUUUGCGUGCAACCAAGUACAAAAUGGCGCCCAGAAACGUUUUGCCUCUUCUAUUGCCUGCCGGGCAGCACAGCAGCAAGAAGCGGAUGUAACCGCUUCGACGCCUAAGCUUGUAGGCGAGGACUCAGCAGCGUUUGACCUCGGCAAGCAAAGCUUGCAAUCAUGGGGAAUGUUCGCGGCCUUGCUGUCUACAGUCAUGGGAGCCCUUUACCUCGUCUGGAUUCAGCCUGGUGUGGGCCUCGCGGACGACUUCGUCGCAGCCCUAGAAUCCGUAGCUGGCAGCAGCGAGGCGACAAUGGCUCUAAUACUCCUAAUCUUUGCCAUCGCUCACAGCGGCUUGGCAGGACUACGUCCGUACGGCGAGCAGGUUAUUGGACCUCGCGCUUACCGCGUCAUGUUUGCGCUCGUAAGCCUUCCCCUAGCCAUCGUCGCCAUCGUCUACUUCAUCAACCACCGCUACGACGGCUUGCCGCUUUGGGACCUCCGCGGCGUGCCUGGCAUCCAUGAGCUGGUCUGGAUCCUCAACUUCAUCUCCUUCUGGUUCCUCUACCCCUCCACCUUCAACAUCCUGGAAGUCGCAGCCGUGGACAAGCCCCAACUCCACCUCUGGGAAACCGGCAUCAUGCGCAUCAGCCGUCACCCGCAGAUGGUCGGCCAGGGCAUCUGGUGCGCCGCGCACACACUGUGGGUGGGCAACAGCUUCAUGUUGGUGGCCUCGGGCUGCCUCAUGGCUCACCACCUGUUCGCAUGCUGGCAUGGAGACCGGCGACUGAGGGCCAAGUACGGCGAGGCGUUUGACGCGGUCGCCGCCCGUACCUCCGUGGCGCCCUUUGCGGCCAUCCUGGACGGCCGACAGCAGCUGCCGGCGGAUUACUGGAAGGAGUUUGCGCGCGCGCCGUACCUGGCCGUGACGUUAAUGACGCUGGGGGCGUACUGGGCACACCCGCUCAUGCAGGCCGGCAGCUUUUGGUUGAAGUGGUAGGGGUGGGUGACGCUUCCGUCCUUUUGACGUGUGAGGAGCUGAGGAGUCAUGGAGGCAUGGUGCGUGAUGUGGGCGGAAGGCUAGGAACAGGGAGUGCAGUGGGGGUAGGGGAGUGUGACAGGAUUUCCGUUUACGGGAUGCUUCAGGAUGGGUAGAGGACGGCUGGAGGGUGUGCGUUGGAGUGCCGUAGCAUGGCAGAGGGAAGAGGGAAGAGGGAAGAGGGAAG